AGCCCAGAGCUCUCAAUCCCUACCGCAGGCCAGAAGGAUCGUGGGCUCUGGGGACGAGAAUGCGUCUUGUGCUCUUCUGCUCAAAUUACGGAACUUUUAACUUCGCAAAGAUUUCAAGAGUCAUGUGGCCUGCUUUUAUUAUUUAAUCAAGAAAAGAAGAGAAGAUAAAGCCUACUAUUUUUUCUACACAAGAAACCACUGACUUGAUGUUUUGAAUGGCUUUGUGCUGUGAGUGAUGAUAUCAAGGUACUUCCGGCUUGCGUUUGGUUAGUCGAAUAACGUAUCUCCAGCGACAAAACAAACAAGGUUAUGGGUGACCGCAGAGCAACCGACACCUACAGGCCAUUUGCACAGCUGGGUCAAUUCAUGGAGCAAGUAGUGGAGGCUGAUUUCUUCUCAGUUUCUCCCAUCUUCCAUCGCUUAGCCAGAGAGGGGAAUGAGACUGAGCUUAUUGACCUGAUCAACAGCGGAAUUGAAAUCAAUGAAGAGGACGAUAACGGCCUCACAGCUCUCCACCAUGCUGUAGAACGAGGGCACGCAAAAUGUGUAGAAAUCUUGUUACAAAAUGGUGCGAACGUCAAUGGAAAAGGUAGCCCUUUGCAUAUGGUUCGGGAUGUAAAGUCUGCCCAAUUACUGUUAAAAGCUAAGGCAACCCUCAAUGCCCAUGAUGAACGUGGAAACUCCCCAUUGCAAACAGCCAUAAGGAAGGGAAGACAAGAGCUUGUAGCAUUUUUCUUGUCAGUCGGUGCCGAUGUUCAAUGUACCAAUGCCGAGGGAGAGACCCCACUUCACACACUCUGUUCGUCAUUUAUGGCAAAGCCCUAUGACGAAAAGCUAACUCAAAAACUGAUUGAAAUGGGAGCGAAUGUAAAUUCAAAAGAUUCCCAGGGUAGGUCGCCAUUACAUCUGGCUGUCAUGAAUUAUCACCUUGAGAAAACAAACACGGUGAACAUCUUAAUAACAGCUGGAGCGUCUGCGACAGAUUUAGAUCUGCAGGGAAUGAAUCCAAUUCAUCGUCUCAUCGACAAGUGCAGACCAUAUUCAGAAGAUGAUAUCAAGUUGCUCUUAGAAAUCUUCGACCUUCUAGUUACUAAUGACAAUGAAGCUAAUUCCAAGAAUGUCAUUGGUCAAACCAUCUUGCAUUUGGCAAUACUUGCUGGUGCACCAUUGCAAGUUUUGGAAUAUCUUGUACAGAAAGGAUGUAGACCCACUGCCCAAGACGGUCAAAAACGCAGCUUGCUACAUUGUGUUGUAGAACGAGAGUUAGAUGACGACAUUGAUAUUUUAAACUUCUUAUUGGACACGGGACUCAAUAUCAAUUGUGCCGAUAUAUGGGGACAGACAGUCUUGCAUCAUGCUAUCGAGAAGAAUAGAAAGAAACUUGUUAAGGCUUUGGUUGAGUGCGGAGCAGACGUGAACGUGAAAGACUCUGCAGGCAGACAACCACUACAUAUUGCAGCAGAGAAGGGGUGGGACGUCAUCUGCAAUUGUCUAAUCACACUAGGGGCAAAUAUCAACGCACAAGACAAGUAUCAGUCCACACCACUCCAUUUUGCGGCAUUCACAAACAAGGCUCCUGUUGCACAUCUUUUAAUCAGAGCAGGAUGUGAUGUUGCACUCCGCGAUGCAUGUGGACAAACAGCAGAAGAGGUGGCGAAAUUUUGGUCCAGUCUCGAUUUUCUGCAGAUAAUGCAUGAAAAAGAUGAAAACUAUAAACUUGAAUUAGAACAGCGAAAGAAAUCGUUGGCAAAACAUGGUGGUGAGUUGUUACAGCUUAAAACCUUUCAGGACAUCGUCGAUUCUAGUGAGGAAUCAUUACGAAUGUCGGGGACUUUGAACGAAUUUUUAAGCUGCUUAAUUUCCACCCCGGGCAUAGGGACAGUUAUCAAGGAUCCCGAAGCAGGAGAAAUCCGGGAUGUUGUAGACAGAUUCGCGUUUAAUGUUGUAAACUGUAUAACAGACAGUCAUCCGAAAAUGCGCUGUACUCUUUACCACGCGGGAAGUUCAUCAGAAGAAACCAAGACAAAAUUUCCAGAUGAGUUUGACUAUGUCGUCUGCUUUGAAGAACUGAGUGAAAACAUUUAUCCAAAACAUGAAACUGAGGACGUUCUCGAAAGCGUCCUUUUUGUUCCAGAUAGAGAAACAAGUGACCAAGUAAAAGAGGUAUUGAAGAAAGGGGUAGAUUAUAAAGAAACUUCAUCAUCAGUGUCAAAUUACACUCAAAUCCUUCUGAAAGAUCACACGAGCUAUGAGUACUCAGAGUUUACACAAGACCUUGAACCGAAUUGGAAAGCGAUUCCAAGUUACAUGAUGUUUAAUGUAUUCACCCAGCAACUAUCCAAUAUCGUUUUUGGUGAAAGCUUCCCACAAGAUGAACGUUUGGAAAUAAAGGAGGUCACCAACGACCCUAAGUUUUCCCUGUUGUGGAAAGGAUCUAGAUAUAAAACUCUGGUGAUCGAAGUUGAUUUUGUCCCCGCCGUGCGCCUUCCAUCUUGGCCAGAUAAAUUUGGAAUGCAGUCUCCACUCCUCGUUUCCGAUCUUUUGCAGCUUCCCUGUCUCGCUGUCCCAAAAAUGGCGAGUCAAGAUGAGUUUCUUUGGAGGUGUUCUCUAUGUCUUGUCGAGACUGCUAUUAUGAAGAGAUGUCGACAUCGAAUUCGAAACAGCUACAUAGCUGCUAAGUCGCUGAUCAGCUCCACUGUCUGCCCCCUUGUUAGCUUUGAGGACUACGGAGACGCGAAGAUGCAAUACGCAAGUCAACAUGACAGUUUGUCUUCCGACGAAGACUUUGAAUUGUACGAAAAAGUCGAAGGUGUGUUGCCAUCAUAUAUACUAAAAAUGGCUUUCUUCCACUCCAUAGAGGAAAAAGCAAGGAAAGAUGGAGUGGAAACCGUCUUUCGUGAAUUCAGUCAUUAUCCUCAACGGUCAGAAAGCGCUUCUGAUUUCGCACUGUGUGAAGAACCUGACCCAAAAAUAGUGAAGGACAUAUUCAUGAAAUGUAAUGAUUGGCUUUCGAAUCAGUUUGUUCCAUCGUUCUUUAACCCACGACAAAAUGUGAUGGGGUCAUCGAUGCUGGAAGAAAAUGGUGUUAAAGCGCAGAUGUUUAUAAAGUACAUUUUGAAACUUUUGAACGAAAAGUGUUGAGUUUUUACGAUUCCAACCCUUCGUAGCUGAUCACUACAAGGAACUUGUCUUAUGUUUGGUUAGUCCAAGUGACGUGAAAAAAAAAUCCACAGAACAAGGACUUCGAAAGAACGAAUCAAAUUGAUAGAAUUCUAAGCACUCUAAGGGACGGAAUUGCAGAAAGAAGCCAGUUUCUUUUUAUUAUGGUGGGAUAAUAGAAUAAUCAUAUGCUGUGGUUAAUUGUAAAAUAAAAAAGAUUUUAUUCAUAAUGUUUUAUUAAACCUAUGAAUCCUGAAGUGCUCUUAGAUACACAUAGUGGAAAAAGAAUUGUAAGGUAGUGAUUAAACCGUACGCGCCUUGGUCCUCUACUGCAGUAAACGUAUAGGGAUUGUCUCACUCUACGAACUCUGUACAAAUCAACUCUAUCCAGUGCACCAUCUGAACUCUUUCUGAUGGCCAUCAUCACAGAUUUUAUUUCUAGAUGUCGUUGUUCUUCUCCAUUUGUUACAGAGGCUCUUAGCGAGCAUUUAUAACCCAUAAUGUAAUGACGGAACAAUAAUAUCAUGACCUAAAUAAUAUUACCUGACGAGCACAUGGUUGCUGCCGCUAACGUAGUUACACUGAAAUGGAAUUCGUCCACGUUCUCUUCUUACAUUAUAAGAGGGCAACAAUCUCUGAGAAAAUGUAGUAUACUCAAAAUAACACGAAAGCAAUAAAGGUUAUUAAGGAAAAUCAAUUUUUCCUGAUGCGAGCCUGCUGUUCUCGUGAGAUGUUCUUUUAGUUUUUCUGAAGCCUCUUGCCUUCCUACAUAACAUCAAAAUUUAAAAGAAAUUUCUCAGCAGAAUUUAGGAGAUAUUCUGUUUACUAACUUCAAACAUGGUUUUCUUUUAAUUAGGGAUCUCUUUCGUUACCACAGUGACUGUAUUGGUAGAACCUUCAUGGGUUUUCAAAUUGUCCAAUCCUUAGUAGCAAUAUUUAAACUGAACUGAUUGUUGAGUCAUUAAACAAUGUGAAAGGGAGUGGAGGAGCGCUGCUUGAUGAGCCAAAUCAGGGGUUUCAAUAUAAGGAAAGAAAAUACAUCAGGCCUGAAGGGUCUUGUCAACCUCUGGGGAUCCGGAGCAUACUCCCGGAAAAAACCUGAAAUCCUACAAUUGCAGAGAUCUGUUUUCCUGCCAUUUAGAGCACAAAAUUGGCACUGUUCAGUUGCCUACGAUAGUUCAUUGUUUAAUUAACUAAAUCAUAAUUUGAAGCCAAUUAUUGGCCUUGUUUUCAUCAUCGAUGGACAAUUUUGUACAACCAUUCUUUUUGCACUGAUCAUAACAAUGCAGAUGUCCACUUACUUCGACAACAUAAUUUCGUUAUCAAUCGAUUUGCACAAAGACUGGUCUGCCAAGUACCAGAGGUUUCUGCAACAUUUGUGCCUGAAAUCCUUUUUUUGUAACCUCGGUGUCAAGUUGUAAGAUGGACAGAACUUUCAAGUAACGGGUGCUGGGAUCGGAGACUACUGUUUUCCUUUCUAGAUAAUAUGUCAAUUGCUAUCGCCAACACGGAGAACGGAGAUUUUCUAAGAGGGGGAAUCGCUAAAAUAGGGAAUCUUUAAAAAGGUAAACUCUAACGGGGGAAUCUCUGAAAAAGGUAAUCUUUAAAAGGGGAUUUCUCUAAAACAUAAACCUUGUCGCAACAAAAUAUUCGCGGGGCAAAUUUCAAGAUUCGUUGCGCACUUCGCUGAUCUACUUUUUCAUAGCGAAAACGAACACGUGAAAGUUUUUCGCAUCAUUUGACUCUAUAUUUCUUUAAAAUUUGAACUGAAUUGGAACAGUACAUGUUGGAGAUGUCCUGCCAGUUUUUAACUCAGUUUCCAAACUGUCUCAAUUUAACAUUAGUUCAUACAAAAGAACACAGGGAACUAGGAAGUAACAGGGUGGUUGUGUUCUAAAACAAACCCCUCGUUGCUAAGAGAGACGAGAAAGGAAGACCUGCAAAAGUUUGACCUCGAACGUGUUGGCACUGAGUGGCGGGAGAGUUUAAUUUUUUUUAUUCCUUUCUUGUAUAAAAACUUCUGCUGUAACCAAGAGCAGGAAAAGUGCGAUGUAGUUUGGAAAGGCACUAAGUAAAAAAGCAAGUAUAGGGCUUGGCACCAGGUGCUCUAUCUUCGCUUGCAAUUUAUUCUCUUAAAUAGUCAAUGACCCCCUCUUUUCUUUCCAUGGCUAAAUUUUGAGAAAAACAGAAACAUAUCUGUACGUUUUCGCCUUUUCUGCUCUCGUGUGACCGAAGUUUUCUUCGAAUGUGGACGGACAAGGCUAAUAUGUGUUCUUUUUCAAGACCUAUGUCAAGGAACGACAUCAGCUGCAAAAGUUUACUUAGUAUGACAACAAGAUGACAUGAUGAAAACGUGUUUUAUUCAAGAUGAUGAAAAUGAAAUACAAGAAAAAGCACAUCUUAAAAAGGAAAACUAGAGGUCGACCCUAUGGCGUUUCCCUAAAUAAAUAUACUUAGUUGUGUUAAAUUGAGUACGUUUACCUGAUAUAAAUUUCACUGAUAUAACUUCUUUUGGUCUCUUUUACUGAUCGUCUUAGAUCGUCUUCUCUUUUAUUUACAUUUUUUCCCCCUAAUUUAGGUAUAUACUGUCAGUUAUAUUCCCAAUAAACAUUAUUAAAACUUAAAAAAAGUAACAAAAGCUUCUGAAAACGCAUGGUCUUCAACGCGCCUUAUUUCGAAAACAAGCACGGGGAUUUAUCAUCCACCGAAUAUAAUAAAGACCAUGCUAUAAAAAUUUCGAGUGGUUGCCAAACAUGUUUCGGUUCCAGACCUCACACCAGAUGAUCAGGUAUUAAAAUUCAAAAUGGUCAUCACUCGACAGGUAAGAUUAUCUUAUAUUCGUCCUCUAAUUUGACACAAGAGCCCCCCGCGUGACGAAUAGUAGACUUUGGGCACCUCCUGUCGAGCGUGACACGAAACAACUCGAAAUAGACCACUUUCGAUAUAUUAAAAUUCAGCGUGCCAGCGAGGCU